AUGAGAAAAGAGAAAAUUUUGGAUAACUUAUAAUUCAUUUCAUAUAUUCAUUUCAUAACCAUCUAACUACAGACUAGAGGAAACAUUAAUCAUUAUCAAUAGAAAAUUAGUGAUGUUAUAAAGAAAUUACCAAAAUCACCAAUGUUUUAAGAGAAAUCUAAGAUUAUCCCUAUAGCAAAAAAGAUUACAGCACAAAAGCUUAUGAAAAGGAAACAAAAAAUAUAAUAAAGAAAGUAGCAGAGAAUAAGGGCAUCAUAAAUUUUUAAAAAUUUUUAGAACUACUCACUAGUAUAGAUGAAAAAUAUAUUUAAUGUGGUUUAAAGGGAGUGCUGA